GUGGGGAAGUUAAACGCUGUGCGGAACGACCGGCUAAAACAACAGCAGAGCGAAAUCGAUACACGCCGAUCAGAACAUUAUGCGUAUUUUCAUCUUUGUUUGAAUAAUAUGAGUAAAGAAUCACAAAUGAGGGCUGCCAUUAAUCAGAAGUUAAUUGAGAUGGGUGAGAGGGAGAGGUUAAAGGAGUUGCUCCGUGCCAAGCUCAUUGAGUGUGGCUGGAGAGACCAGAUAAAAGCAUUGUGCAAAGACGUGAUUAAGGAGAAAGGAAUUGAGAAUGUAACUGUAGAGGACUUGGUUGCUGGAGUUACCCCCAAAGGAAGAGCCCUCGUGCCUGACAGUGUCAAAAAGGAGUUACUACAGAGAAUAAGAGCCUUCCUUGCCCAGCAUUCUACAUGAUGCUCGACAUCUGGGAAUACUCUGAGAGUAUCUGUCGUUUUUGUAUUGAAAUUAUGCCAACAGUUAAGCCAGACCAUAAAUUGGUAUAAACUGUAUGAUGUGAUUUUGCUCUUCAUUGUGUAUUUUUGUUACCGCUAAUAAAACUUGAUCAUGUUUG